AUGGGCUACAGGCAGGCUGCCGUCCUUACAUCCGUCUCCUUCUUCCUCGGGGUCCUCUUCAUUUGCUUGAACGUGGAUUAUCGGGUGCUCUUCACACCUCUCUCGGAAGAUGUGAUCAAGGAUGGAUUGGAAUUCUAUACGACGUUCUACAACGCUCCGGCUGGUAUCAAGGCGUUGAUGCAUGCUAUAAUGGGGGUCGGGAUCAUCGGACUGGUGGGCAAGCUGCACAAGUGGGAUGAGAGCGCGAUGUUCUUCGACGGCUCGUCGCUAGCGGCGUACAUCUUUGCGCUGGCCGUCUACCUCUCCGUGGGCGUCCCCGCGUCCCACACGGUGGCCGCCCCGCUUCCCGAGCUCACGCGCAAAGACCAGGUCGAGGCGCUGCGCGUGCUCUCCGCGGGAAACACGAUCAUCAUUGUGCUCCUGGGUGCUGUGCUCGUGCUUCAGGCUGGGGAGGGGUACGCGCGACGCAUAGAGGCCGGGGCCGCUGCGGCGAUUACUCCGGCUACUAGCAAGCCAGCCCCGUCCAGGCCUCAGGAGGCCGGCGAAGAAGCGACGGAGGAGAGCAAGAAGGAUCAAUGA